GAGCUGGGUAAGGACACACGCAUCCUCUCAGCAUCUCUAACAAACAGUUCAAAUCCAGCUUGCAUCCUUCUUUUAUUUUUAAUAAUUCUUAUUUUGCGCCACAUACCUGCGCCUAAGGAGGAGGAGGAGGGGGUUUCGUGAAAAAAAUACUUCAGAUGGAACUUUGAUUUUGUUUUAAUUUCGCAUUCUGUUAAAGUUUCAAGUCUCCCCAACAAACCAGGAAGGAUACCUGCAGAUUCAAGGUGCUCAAGAGGAGUUUUCAUGCAAACACCAGUGCGAUGCUGUGGAUGUGACUUCAGGCUGCAGCCAUGAAAGACGAAUUUGCUGAUGAAGAGGAGGUUCAGUCCUUCGGUUACAAAAGGUUUGGAAUCCAGGAGGCUACGGAGUGCACAAAGUGUAAAAAUGACUGGGUGUUGAGGGCAGCCAUUGCUCUCCUCUAUGUUCUCUGCGCCCUGCUCACCAUAGCAGUGGCCGUUCUUGGAUACAAAGUUGUUCAGAAAAUGGACAAUGUCACAGAAGGAAUGCAGAAUUACCGUGGCAAGAUCAAUGCUGUGGAGACAGACUUAAAGAAACUAGACAAUCAGGCGGAAGACAAGACGUUUAAUGCAACUGGGAAAAGGAGCACUUUCAAGUCAGAACUGGAAACAUUACAAAACCAAAUGAGAGACAUUAGCACCAAAGCAGUCAGCAACAAGGAGCUGCUGGAUAAACUUCUAGUCACGGGAGACGACAUGCAGAGUGGCCAUGUCUCGUUGAAAAGUUAUUUGGAAGGCAAUGCUGCCUCACUGCGUGGGAUCAAUCAGUCGUUGUCCUCCUACAGCGGGAUGAUUGAGAACCUUCAGAAAGACACAGAGCGGCUCCAGUCUGAAAUGCAGGAUCAGGUCAAAGAUCAGAGUGAGAUCCAAGUUAGUGUUGGUGCGCUUAAUAUCACCCAAACCCAGCAGCGCAAUCUGCUCAGCUCUCUUCAGAAGACAGUUGACGAUACAAGCCAGACAUUUCAGAAACUGAAGAUUGACUAUCAGGUUCUGCAGCAGACAGUCAGACAAACGCGUUCAGACACCGACUGGCUUAAAGAAAAGGUUCAGAAUCUCCAGGUCUUGGCAGCCAAUUACUCGUCUCUGGCCAGAUCCAAUGAAGACACUCUGAAUGAUUUGGGAACUCAGCUUAGCGCUUUAGCCAGCCAAAUCCAGAACACCUCAGCCCUCACUGAAGACCAUGACCAGAACUUACGCCAGCUGAUGGACCAUAAAAGAGACCACGAUAAUGCCACCUCCAUCAAAUUUGAUGAGAUGGAAGCUCGGUUAGACAGAUAUGAGAAUGGCAUGGGCCGUGUGACUGGAAACAUGAGCUUUGCAGCGCAGAUUUUAGGAGUCAUCAGCUCUGACCUGAAUGGGCUUAGAUCUUGUGCUGAGACAGUCAUGAGACAUUCAGAUCUGUUAGCAGGACUGAAUGCUAGUAUGGACGCAGCCAAGGCAGACAGCAAAUAUUUGCACAGCCAACAGGAUGAGCUAUCUGCCAAAUUGGACCAAGAGGUGAAUAAUCUGUCCAUGGUGAUGGAGGAGUUGAAGAUUGUGGACAGCAAGCACUCACAGCUCAUCACCAACUUCACCAUCCUGCAGGGUCCACCAGGUCCAAAAGGUCCCAAGGGUGACAGAGGUCCAGAAGGCUCAGCUGGCUUGAAAGGAUCAAAGGGUGAUAAAGGGGACAAGGGGAUGCCAGGAACGGUGGGACCUAAAGGAGAGAGAGGUCCCACUGGACCAUCUGGCAUGGCAGGUCCAAAAGGUCUGCCCGGGACUCGAGGAUUUCCAGGAUCUAAAGGUUCUAGAGGCCCUGGAGGUCGACCUGGAGACCCUGGUGAGAAGGGUGACCCUGGACUUCCUGGGAUCUCUGGUAAUAAUGGAAUACCUGGACAUAUGGGACCACAAGGUCUACAAGGGCCUAGAGGAGCAGCAGGGCCUACAGGCUUAGAGGGACCUCGUGGGCCUAUUGGACCUAUUGGUCCUCCAGGUCCUCCAGGCCUUCCAGGACUACCUGCUGCAGUGCCUCCUGUAUUUGUAAAGCCAUCACAGCCGGCUCCAGUCUUCAAACCCACCCUACAAACUGUAGGUCCAGCUUUACCCAGAGAGAAACUACCAAGCUCAGUGCCUCAGAAGGCCCUGCCUCCAUCUGCUGCCCCUACAGCAGAACCUGGUUGUCCUCUUCAGUUCAGAAAGUUUGGAGACAGCUGCUAUUACUUCUCCUCUGGUUCUCAGAGGCUUAACUUUAAUGGAGCGAACACGUUUUGCAGUAACAUAUCAUCUCAUUUGAUCAUAAUCAAUAAUGAUGAGGAACAGCAAUUUGUGAGGAAGGCAAUUGCAGGAAAAGGCUUUUUCUGGCUUGGGCUUACUGACAAGGAGAAGGAAAAUGUCUGGAAGUGGGUGGAUGGAACCAUACCAGUUUUCACGAAGUGGAAACCUGGUCAGCCUGAUAACUGGACUCACGGUCAUGAAGAUGGCGAAGAUUGUGCAGAACGAGAUCGCAAAAACAUGCGGCCGAAAUUAGCGAAAGCUAUUGUUAACACACCAGCGAUGCCUCUCUUCACGACCAACCCUUUUGACCAAGAUGUUGAGAAAGCAACCAGUGAGAUGAACACAGCUGAAGACUGGGGCCUCAUUCUGGACAUAUGUGAUAAGAUAGGACAGUCCCGCACCGGCCCUAAAGAAUGCCUCCGCUCCAUAAUGAGAAGAGUGAACCACAAGGAUCCCCACGUAGCCAUGCAGGCCCUGACCCUUCUCGGUGCCUGUGUGUCCAACUGUGGGAAAAUUUUCCACUUGGAGGUGUGCUCCAGAGAGUUUGCCAGUGAAGUCAGUAACGUCCUAAACAAGGGUCAUCCUAAAGUGUGUGAGAAGCUGAAAGCGCUGAUGGUGGAGUGGGCAGAGGACUUCCGCAACGACCCACAGCUCAGUCUGAUCUCGGCGAUGAUCAAGAAUCUACGUGAGCAAGGUGUCACCUUCCCUGCUGUGGGCUCCCAGGCUGCAGAGCAAGCCAAAGCAAGCCCAGCAUUGGCGGUGAAGGAUCCUGCCACCUCCACAAAUAAAAAAGAAGAAGAAGACUUGGCUAAAGCUAUUGAGUUGUCUCUUAAGGAGCAACGCCAGCAGCCGCAGACCUUGGUGAGUCUCUACCCGAACACCUCUAGCCUGCUCUCCACACACAAGUCUGACGGCAGAAAAGUCCGCGCCAUCUACGACUUUGAGGCUGCAGAAGACAACGAGCUCACCUUUAAGUCAGGAGAAAUCAUCACCAUCCUGGAUGACAGUGACCCCAACUGGUGGAAGGGGGAAACAUACCAGGGAGUCGGGUUGUUCCCCUCCAACUUCGUCACCGCUGAUCUCACUGCAGAACCUGAGAUGAUGAAAACAGAAAAGAAGACAGUCCAGUUCAGCGAGGACAUCCAGGUGGAGACCAUAGAGCCUGAGCAGGAGCCUGUGUAUAUAGACGAGGAUAAAAUGGACCAGCUACUGCAAAUGAUCCAAAGUGCAGAUCCAACAGACAACCAGUCAGACAGUGUUGAGUUACUGCAGCUGGAAGGUGCCUGUAAUCAAAUGGGACCUCUUAUUGACCAGAAGUUGGAGGAUAUAGACAGGAAGCACUCGGAGCUGUCAGAGCUGAACGUCAAGGUGAUGGAAGCUUUGUCCUUGUAUGCAAAGCUGAUGAAUGAAGAUCCAGUUUAUGCCAUGUAUGCCAAGCUGCAGAGCCAGCAGUAUUACAUGCAACAGCCUGCCGGCGUAGCGCAGCAGGUUUACCCUGGUCCACCUGCAUCAGGGUCAUACGCUAUGAGCAGUACCGGGGUGCAAGGUUAUAGUGUUCCCCUUGAGCAGCUUCCUGCUGGAACCCAACUUGCUUCUCAGCCUGCUCCCAGCGACGCCCACAUGUACAUGAGCCAGCCGCCAGUCUACACCGCAGCUCCUGGUGCCAUGGCCCCAGCAGACAUGCAGUCCUACCCAGCCAGCGCCACAGGCCCCGCGCCGUGCACACCUGCAGGCAUGACACACACAGGAAACUACAGCGCCCCCUCUGGCACAAGUCUACCACCUCAGGCAGACACCCCACAGCCCCCUUACUCGGAGAAGGCCCUGCUAUAGGGCCUCUGGAACGAUCCCCCAGUAAAGAAACACACACACUUGAGUAAAUAGUUCUCGUUUUUUUUAUUAUGAGGCAACGGAUGGUUUAAAAUUCACAGCAUUGCAGGCAGACUGUCAUUUGUGUUUAAUUUGUCAGAUACACAAAAUAUUUUGUCUUCAGGUUAAAACGUGUCCACGGGGUUUUGACUUGGAAGUGCUGACAAGUCCUUUAGUAUACAUAAAUAAUUUUGCACAUUUUGAGUUUAAUAUUUUAGGUUUUCACUGACUGAGACAUUAGGACUUACUGCAGCUUCCAGCUGGAUCGCACACACCCAGCCGAUUAUCUGGGACUCCUGAAACUUUAACUUUUGACAGAAACAUCUGUGGUAACGCUUAAUGUUCUCGGGGCUGUGACUUUUUUGGUGUAAGGAUAUUUGACUCAGAACUUUCUGGCAUGAUUUUGUGCAAAACAUUGUUAUUUAGUUAUUAUUUUCCACAUUUGAUCUUAUUCUCAGCUGUACCCAACAUGAAAAUAUAAUAAAUAAUUUAUUUAACAGGUUAUGUAGAUGUGGUAACAAUGGUUGAGUUAAGUGUAGCUUCUGAACUGUGUGGGAAAUACACAAACAUUCCUUCACAUUAGUCAAGUGGACAGACACGACUUCACACAGAAGAAAAUCCAUACACUACCACAGCUGGCGUCUACUCAAAAGAAGGUGCAGACUUUUUGUUUACUUUUUUUUUUUAUUUAACUCAAAAUCAGAGGAUUAUCUAAUCUGAUAAGAUUGUGCUGCCGCUGCCACCUUUUACACGUGUCGUCCGCCUUUAGAAGUGCUGAAAACCGAAGUAACUAUUUUGUUCUGGAUGGAAAAGAAACGAGAGGAACUGCAGCAUGCACAUGACUCGGGUAAAUACUGUAAAGUAGUAGUGAAGCGGCAGGAUGAACUUCUGCAGCAGGUGCAUGCUCCUGGUGAACUGCAGGUGUAAUUAACCCCACAUGCCUGAGAGUUAGUCCUCUGUUCAGCAUCACCGGCCCAGACUCUGUACUGCAAACUUUCAACCUAAGCCGUUUGUCCUUCUUUUAUAAAUGCAGGUUUGGUUGUUUCUAUGAGGCGUUUGCUAACAGACACCCUUCUGUCAUUGCUGAAAAGUGUUAUUUUUUGUAGUGCGUUCUAAUUUAUGCUUGAUAAUUAAGACCAGUUUAAAUGAAGAUGUGCAGGAUGUAUGUAUUCAGAGACUAGAGCAGGGUGUGCCAUAUUCUGCCCAACUUAGUUGUAUAUGGAGCUCAUGAGACGUGAUUAUUGUACUGUAGGGUUACACGCCGACCUUGGAACUGACAGAACCCUGAUUCGUUUACUUUUCUCUUAAACCUGAGAACAUUCAGACAGAAGAAAAAUGGCUGCUAGGAAUGUGGGUAUAAUUCGGCAUUUGUAAAUUGUGUUUCACUAAAAAAAGAGGCAUUCAAGAUGGCGAUCAAUACUUCUCUUAGUGUUGCACUUCACGUUUUCCUGGUUCUGAGUCCUUUUGAUGGCUUUUACAUGUAGAGUUUCUCAGAAAGUUGAUGUUUAGAAAAACUGAUAGGAUUGCAAUAAGCUAACGCAGUGGAGAAGUAAAACCAAUGUAUAUAACGCUGAAGGAACGUCAUGAAGGAACAUCAACGUUUUUAAAUAUGGAGGUGAAGUUUCAGUCCUCACCGGACAGAUUUCUGUCUUCAUGUUACUUCUCGUCAUCCCUCUAGGAAUAUGAAACUACUCCUAACUGAACUUUAUUUCCUCUUCUACAUUUUCUACAAUUUAUUUAAAGCACUAAUUCAAACAAAUUUUGCCACCUUCAGUUUGAAGCAAGAACUAUAAAUGUGUUGGUUCUAAAAGGGUCAACAAAGGUCAAAGUAGCCGUUGUUCCAGGACUGUGAGACAAAGAGCCAGUUUAUCAUCGUCAUCCGAUCCAAACGGAGCAUCUUACUGCAGCGCUGUAUUGGACUUCAGCCCCGAUGUGAAAUUUUCUUUUGUUCAGGAUUGAGAUGCUGCCUGUUUUUAAGUUUAAAAUAAUGUUAUUGUAAAAGUUCUGUCUAAACUUGUACUCUGUUGUUUCUAUGUGUUAUUUUAACCAUACCUAAUAAUUUUAUUCACAAUAAAACCAGGCCAAGUGUACAGACUAAAAACA